CGCAGCCCAUGCCAUUCUGUAUAUGCUGGUUUUCUAUUCAUUGUCGGGGGGUGAACUCCUGAGGAGCGGAUGAAGAAACAAAUUUUGCUUUUAUUCACAUUCAGAGGACUAGUAAGCAAAGGGAAAAAGGGUAAAAGGAGAAAAUGGCCAAUUUUAUAUUACGGACAGCUGAACCCAGGGAUGUGUCUGACAUCCUGCGACUCAUAAAGGAACUUGCUAAAUUUGAAGAGAUGGAGGAGAAGGUCAGGCUGACAGAGAAAGAUCUACUUGAAGACGGCUUUGGGGAUCAUCCAUUCUACCACUGCUUGGUCGCGGAAGUCCCAAAGGAGCAGAGUUCAGAUGGGUACACUGUGAUUGCUUUUGCCAUGUACUACUUCACAUAUGACCCAUGGAUUGGAAAGCUCCUGUACUUGGAAGACUUCUAUGUCAUGCAGGAGUUUCGAGGUCUCGGCAUUGGUUCACAAAUCCUGAAGGUUUUGAGCGAGACGGCCGUGAAGACUCGGUGUAGCAGCAUGCACUUCAUCGUAGCAGAAAACAACACAAAGUCAAUUGAGUUCUACAAGCGAAGAGGAGCAGCUGACCUCUCCUCCGAGGAGGGCUGGCGUCUUUUUGAGAUUGAAAAAGAGGAGCUGCUGAAAAUGACUGCCAAAUAAAGUUUACUGUUAAUUGACUUGUACUGACUGUUGGUGAUGGCAAGAAUCCUGCUAUGAGUGAUUUGGCACAGUCUGAAAUACAUUUACCAAUCACCUGUUACCUUCGAUAAUAAACUGCUUUUGCUCAUCUCA